AUGGCGUAUGCCAGUGAUCCUAGCAUUCGUGCGUGCCACCGCUCCGUGGAAGAUUUGAUGGAUAUGGACAUGAGUCCCCUGAGGCCCCAGAACUAUCUGUUCUGUUGUGAACUAAAGGCCAACAAAGAUUAUCACUUUAAGGUGGAUAAUAAUCAAAAUGAGCACCAGUUGUCAUUAAGAACGGUCAGUUUAGGGGCUGGUGCAAAGGAUGAAUUGCACAUUGUGGAAGAGGCAAUGAAUUAUGAAGGCAGUCCAAUUAAAGAAACACUAGCAACUUUGAAAAUGUCUGUACAGCCAACAGUUUCCCUUGGGGGCUUUGAAAUUACAGCACCUGUGGUUGUAAGGUUGAAGUGUGGUUCAGGGUCUGUGCAUAUUAGUGGACAGCACUUAGUGGCUGUGGAGGAAGAUGCAGAAUCAGAUGAGGAGGAGGAAGAGGAUGUAAAACUCCUGAGUAUAUCUGGAAAGCGAUCUGCCCCUGGAAGUGGUAGCAAGGUUCCACAGAAAGAAGUGAAACUAGCUGCUGACGACGACAAUGAUAAUGAUGAUGACGAUGAGGAAGCUGAAGAGAAAGCACCAGUGAAAAAAGGUCAAGAAUCCUCCCCAAAACAAGAAAAGACUCCUAAAACACCCAAAGGACGUAGUUCUGUAGAAGAUAUUAAAGCAAAAAUGCAAGCAAGUAUAGAAAAGAGUGGUUCCCUUCCCAAAGUGGAAACCAAGUUCAUCAAUUAUGUGAAGAAUUGCUUCUGGAUGACUGACCAGGAGGCUAUUCGAGAUCUCUGGCAGUGGAGGAAGUCUCUUUAA